CCGAGUGUCAACACAAACACUGCACUUGUUUUGACAUUUGAUUUCAUUUCACGUGUGAAUAGCCGUCGGAAGCGCUCGAGUGAUGUCUUCGGGAAGCGAUGCCAACGGAUGCGAUGAGAAUCAACUGAAAGCCAAAGCGAAGGUCAUGUUUGACAAGACGUCCGACUAUUUGUCCGCAGAACUCAAUCUGACUCUCGAGGACUACCAGCUCUUGGAGGACAUGAAUAACGCGACGACAGAGAGGUAUAAAGAGAUGACUGACGUGACCGUCAACUUAGCCCAGAAUGCGGACCAA